AUGACCCCUCAGAUCACUCCUAGCGGUAAAAAAGACCUACCUCGACGCCCAAGAACUUCGUCAGCUAAGAAAAUCAAACCCUACGAGUCUCCCUCCUUACUCAAACGCCAAACAAGGGACACCUCGCUCCCUCCUUCAAGUCUAGCUCUCCCGGUCUCUCCUAUGCCUCUCGAUCAGACCUCUCAAGCUUUAGUAGAGACUAAUCAACAAAAUGUAGAGAUGAAGAUUGAUGAUCCUCCUCAAGAAUCACUUACUUUAGAUCAAAAAGAACCUGAACCAACCUUGCCUGUUACUCAGAAGUCUACUGAGAAAGGUAAAAAGAAAAGAACUAAAUCGAGUUCUUCUAGUUCUGAAGAAUCAGAAUCAUCUGAUGAUUCUUCAUCUGACUCUGCCUCUGGAGACGAUGACGACGUCGACGAAUCCGAAUCUAAAAAUCCUCUUCCUAACUCAAAUAAAGAAGAUGAAGACACUGAUCAAGUAAUGGAUCAUGCUGAAGACAUUCUAACUCAAACUUCUUCUAAAAAGACUCAUGAACUCGUCCAGACUAACAAAACGAACAGUUCUCACGAGGCCUACUUAAAGCAUAGACAAAGCUUAAACAAUUCUGGUACCAACAUGCUACCUUAUCCGGCACCGGGUUCUCUUGUUCUACGUACAGUUAAUCCUCUCAAGUAUUCAUAUCAAAAUGAAUUUGCUUUUACAUGUGAUCUUCCUUACGAAAUUCAAUUAUGGUGGCAAAUCAAUCAUCAUAGACAUAUCAGCGUGGAUGAUAAAGCUCUAUGGGCUAUAGCUACAGUUCUUAGUCAAAGCAUAAGAUCAAAUCAGUUUGAAGAAGUCAAAAGAACACUCAAUCACUGUAUAAACUACAUCAAAAUCAUUCCUAACGUAGCCGGUUCAAGAUUCUUCUUAGUUCGUUUUAAAACCUCAAAAGCUAAGGAUGAACUCUCAAACAAUGCUCGACACGAUCGAGGAGUUUUUGUCUCCUAUCAAGGCUCUAAAAAACCUUCAACUGUCCUUAUCUUUCAGUUAGAUGCGAUUACUAAGUCAACUCCUAAGAUGAGAAGCCUUUUAGUUACUAUGCAUGGCCUGCCCUUCCCUUUAUUCAAUCGUCUCAUAUCAGAUACAAUCUUUGGUUCAAUUGCAGCUCAUAAAAGCAAUAAACUACUACGACUUAAAGGCGUUCGAGAACUCAACAGUUACCCAACCUUUGCUUACGGUGGUGGUCGAGUCUUUGAGGUUAUAUUUAAACGAAAGGCAACUCUUGAAUGGUUCAAACUUCUAUCACAACCAACUCCAAUUACAGCUAUCGGUUGGAACUUUAAAGGUGCAGGAACAAAAGACCUUUACCUACUCAACAUUCGACAUGUUCCUACUUGUUUCAACUGUGGAACUACUACUUAUAACUGUUCUCACUCAGAUGGUUGUCCUUUUAUUACUAUUAGAGAUGCCAUUAUUAAAAGUCUUAAGAAAGAAAUACCUUCAAAAAUCGAAAUCUCAGAAGAUGAAGAUGAAGAUUCUGAAGACUCUGAACCUUUGGCUUCAACUUCAAAAGCCAAACAUCAAGUAAAAAUUGGCAAAUUUACUGUUAGAGAUUAA